AUGGCCCUCUACGAACGCGACAAAUCCCGCCACAAGAAGUACCUCUACCUCGACCCGCCUCGCCCCGGCCUCCACGAGCGCCGCCGCAAAGUAACCACCAUCGUCCCGGCCCGGGUACCCACCCCUCCCCCCCCCGUUGUCCUCCAACCUCUUCCUCCCCCCCCUCCCACUCCGGUUGUCCUUCAACCCCUCCCCCCUCCCCCCCCAGUAGUCGUGGAACCAUGCCCUCCCCCUCCCCCUCCACCCCCGGCCCCAAUAGAGGAAGACGACACAAUCGACGUCAUAGCCGUAGACGUCGACCCCUCCGAAACGUCCAAAUCUUCCAAAUCCCGCAAAUCCCGCCGCAAAAGGCGUUCCCACUCCCCUCGCAGGGAAACUCGCGAAAGGGAGGUGAUCAUCGAGCGGGAACGGCUUGUCCCUUAUGAGGUUCACGUGCCUUACCCUGUUGAUAGGGAGCGGAUUGUUGAGGUGGAGGUUCCGGUUCCUUACCCGGUGGAGAGGGAGAAGGUUGUUGAGGUGGAGGUGCCGAUGCCGUAUCCGGUUGAGAAGGAGAAGGUGGUGGAGGUGGAGGUGCCGGUGCCGUAUGAGGUUCAGGUGCCGGUGCCGUAUGAGGUCAAGGUGCCGGUUCCGAUGCUGCCGGCGCCGAGGACGCCGAGCCCGCCGUUGAGGAAGAGGGAGACGUAUAGGUAUGUUGAGGGGUUGGAGAGUAAGAUUCCGAUGAGGGAGGUCAGGGGGGUGGAGGGGUUGGAGAAUAGGAGGCCGGAGAGUGGGAUUAGGGGGGUGGAGGGGUUGGAGAGUAGGAUUCCGAUGAGGGAGGUGAGAGGGGUGGAAGGAUUGGAUAGGAGGGGGCCGGAGAGUGGGAUUAGGGGGGUGGAGGGACUUGAAAGUAAGAGGCCGGAGAGUGGUAUUAGAGGUGUGGAUGGAUUGGAAAAUCGGAGACCGGAGAGUGGAAUCAGAGGCGUGGAUGGAUUAGAAAAUCGGAGGCCGGAGAGUGGAAUCAGGGGCGUGGAUGGCUUGGAAAGUCGGAGGCCGGAGAGUGGAAUCAGAGGUGUCGAGGGGCUUGAAAGCAAGGUCCCUACUGGAGGUAUCAGAGGAGUUGAAGGGCUGGAGAAUCAUGUUCCUAAGGGAGGUAUCAGAGGAGUAGAAGGAACCGAGAGCAGAGUCCCUAGGGAAAGCAUUAGGGGUGUGGACGGAUUGGAAAGCAGGGUUCCUACUGGUGGUAUUCGGGGUGUGGAGGGUAUGGAGAGCAGAGUGCCACGUGAAAGUAUUAGGGGCGUUGAGGGUAUGGAGAGCAGAGUACCGCGAGACAGUAUUAGAGGUGUUGAAGGCAUGGAAAGCAGGGUACCAAGAGAUAGUAUCAGGGGCGUCGAAGGCAUGGAAAGUAGGGUUCCUCGGGACAGCAUCAGGGGUGUCGAAGGAAUGGAAAGCAGAGUCCCCAGAGAUAGCAUUCGCGGCGUCGAGGGUAUGGAUAGCAGAGUGCCUCGAAGCAGUGUGAGAAGGCUGAACAGGAUGAGGGAUAGGAGCUGCGAUAGUCAGAGCUCUGUGGAUGAGAGGGACAGGGUGAGGAUUACAGUUGCGGAGAGGGAGCGGGAGAGGAUAAGAAGGGAGAGUUCAGUGUCGAGUGUGGGAGGCAGGGAGUACAGGCACGAACGUCGUGGUGGAUGUGAUUGCCACCACUACUAUGGCCAUGGUCGACACGGGCCUGAUUGCGAGCAUAUCCAUAUUCACAGCAGAGAGAGGAUUUAUGAGAGAGACAGGAAUAGCGACGUCAGUCUCAUGAGGGAGGAGUCUCGAGGACGGUAUGGGGAUUUUAGAUGUUGA